AUGGUCAGAAGAAAUGGAGAAAUGCUAAAAAGGGACAUUUCUAUCAGACCAAGAAACUGUGAUCUUUGUUACAAGUGUGGAAAGCCUGGACACUUCAUGAAAGACUGUCCUAUCCUAAAGCAAGAAUUUUCCAAGAACCAUCAUGAGAAAACAACUAAGACGAACACGGUUCCUGUCAAGGACUUCAAGAGAAAAAGAUCUGCUGACAAUAUGAUGAGACAUGCUUUUGCAGCAUGGGGGGAUUCAUCUAGUGAGUCUGAAGAUAAACCUGAUACUGGUGAUAGUUCCAUGAUAGCAGUUGAAGCUGAUGUUUUAAUCACUACUUUUCAUAGUCUUGUGGAGGAUAGGAAUUCUUUGACAUUAGAAUUAGGAGAAUCUGAACAAACUAGAGACGACUUAGUGGCUGUAGUUACUGACCAUAAGAAAACCAUUAAAACCCUCAGAAAAGAAAAGAGUGAUCUGUUGACAGAAAUUGCAUACCUAAGGGAAACAAUAGUGAAACCAUGGACUAAGUCAAAACCUGAAAGUUCUAAUAAGGGAAAGGUGAUAGCAAGUGAGGAACACAUUAGGCUUGAAAAUGAGGUGAAAGCUAUGAGAUUUAGGAUGUCUGGUGAAAUUGAGAAAAACGAGCUUCUCCAUUCUAAUCUGGAAAGAGUAAAGAAUGAUUUUGAAAAGUCCCUAAAGUGGACCUGGUCCUCAGAAGCUACCACUGCCUUGCAUACUAAUAAUUGUGAAAACAUGCAGGGAGCAGGGUUCCAAAGGGAGAAAACUCCUCACAACCCUCACAUCACUGAUCUUGUGACCGGUGAAAUAGUACUUAUGGCCAAAAGAUACAAGAACAUUUAUGUCGUUGAUUUCAAGUCCUUACAGAAUGGUGAUCUGAGUUGUCUGAAAGCUGUUGAUGAUGAAGCUAAACUAUGGCACAAAAGACUGGGCCAUGCAAAUUUUUCUCUUUUGAACAAACUAAUUCAGAAGGACCUGGUCCAUGGUCUGCCUAUGUCACAAUUCAAGAUGCAAAAAGUCUGUGAUGCCUGUGCUAGAGGAAAACAUGUGAAGUCCUCUAUUAAGCCUAAAAGAGAUAAUGCUGAGGAAGAUCAAGAUGGAGAACCCCCACUAGUUCCUAGUGAAAUCAUUAACAUGACAAAUGGAAAGGCAGAUAUGAUGAGUCACGUAAAGGAGCCAAAUGAGGACAACGCUGCUUCAUCUUCAACAGAACCAAGCACUUCAAUUACAACUACUAAAGCUGAAGAAAGAGUGGUUGAUGCAGUUCAGGGAACUCCACUAGCACCUGAGAGAAUGGUAGAGGAAAAUUAUCCAAACAUAUCUUUCUCCUCCUAG